AUGCAGUGGCCCUACGGCCACCGCCGCCUCCUCCGCUUCUCCUCCCAGAUCCACAACCUGGGCAGAGCCGAUUUCCGACCCAGGAUGGGGCGCCAUGCCUGGAUCUGGCACCAGUGCCACCGGCACUUCCACAGCAUCGAGGUCUUCACCCACUACGACCUGCUGACGCUCAAUGGCUCCAAGGUGGCCGAAGGGCACAAGGCCAGCUUUUGCCUGGAGGACACCAACUGCCCUGAGGGUAGGCAGGGCAGCGGUGCCCCCAGCCCUGCCCCUCGCCCUCCCCAGGCGGUCGUGAACCCCAAGCAUGAGGUGGCCGAGUCGGACUUCUCCAACAACGUGAUGCGGUGCCAGUGCAAGUACGACGGGCAACGCGUCUGGAUGCACGGCUGCCACACAA